CUGAAUCUCCAUCACCUCUGCUCGCAAUCCGCGCUCCGGAGUGGCGGUGCUGCGGGUGGUGCCAUGAGACAUCCAAAAACCUGAUUGGUGGUUGAUGGAGAGGAUUUCGGAUGUCAGCCGGGACGGUGGUCAUCGCAGGAGGAAUUCUGGCCACGGUCAUCUUGCUAACCAUCGUUGCUGUUCUGUGUUUAUGUAGGCUGCAGUAUUACUGCUGUAAACGCGAGGAGUCUGAGAAGGGGGAAGAGGAGGAACCCGAGCUUGCCACCAUGUCGCCCUCGCGGCCCUUGGCUCUGUGUGCUCCUCCCACCCCCCCGACCCCAGAGCACUACAGCGACGAGCCUGAAACCUACCCCCCCACCUUCCUCACCGAGGCCAACGGGCCCGCCAGCUACUCCCCGCCGCCGCCUCGCCGGUGCCAUCGAGCGCACGCCUUCUGCCCGUCCUGCGCCCGCUGCUCGCUGCCCUUCUACCUGCAGCACCCGGAGAGGCUGUGCAACGGCGGCCGCAGGAUCAGCUACAGGACGGUCCAGCAGCAGGACCUGGAGCUGCCCGUGGACCUGGCCAGCUUCUACGAGAAGCUGAUCCGCUCCUACACCAUGAAGGAGGUGGUGAGCCACAGCAUCAGCACCGACGUGUAGCUGCAUCCUCAGGAAACAGCUGAUUACAUUUCCAUCCAGAAACGUGUCCAUCAGACCUGAACUGCCCGUUUCUGACCCAGUUUCCACCCAAAUAAUACCCCAGGUACUUCGAUAGGUGGCUAAUCAAUUUAAUAUGUGUCAGAAUAGAAAUAGUGAGAUGUUGUCAGUAUUCAACACACCUUUAGUGAGAUGCUGGAUUUUAUUCCUGAGUUUAGUCUCCAUGGAAACCCAUUCCCACCACUU